AUGACGCUGCCGCUGCCCGCGAAAGAUCAGCCCUUCUUCCGUGUCUCCGCGCUGGAGGCGGGCAUGCUGCAACUUCCUCUUGAACUCAUCCUGGCUGGGUAUAAAGACCCAAUCGAUGUCCCAUCUUUAUCCUUCCUGCUGAGGCACUCGUCGUCCGGCAAAACCGUGGUGUUCGACCUGGGCAUUCGCCGGGACCUGGAAGCGUACCCUCCGCUGCCUUACGAAGGCAUCAAGAAACACUGGGUCCCUACUGUCCAACAGAGUGUGGCUGAGUCGCUCCAGAUAGGGGGCAUCGAGCCAUCUGAUGUGAACUACGUGAUUAUCAGCCAUCUGCACUGGGAUCAUGCAGGAGACCCCAGGCCUUUCACGAACGCGACGUUCAUCGUGGGCGCAGACAGUUGCCACAUGACCGAGAGCAACACGGAGGAUGUGAACGCCGUACCGGCUUCCGGCCUUCCACAGGACCGUACACGUUUCGAAGGCCGGGAGACAUGGCAGCCUCUAGGGCCAUUUCCCCUAGCACUCGAUGUCUUCGGUGACGGAAGCGCAUACCUCGUUGAUGCACAAGGUCAUUGCCAUGGGCACACCAAUCUGCUGGUGCGGACAUCCGCAGACGGGGCAUGGAUUUACUUCGCGGGUGACAGCGCGCACGACCGACGGCUCCUCACCGGAGAAGCGAGCAUGGCCAUAAGAACAAACGAAGACGGCAGCGUCAAGGCCAUCAUGCACAAGGACAUGGACAAGGCGAAGGCCCACAUUCAACGUAUCGCAGCGUUAGAGAAGAAGGACCGGGUCAGAGUUCUUCUAGCUCACGAUAGAGAAUGGUACGCGACCAACAAGGGCGGGCCUGCCUUCUGGCCUGGGGAAAUUCCGAGUCUAUGA